AUGUUAAAAAUGGCCGCCGUCGUGAAUGGACGGAGCGUGAUGGAUCCACAAAUAGCAGUGCAGAGUGCAGUGGUGGAUCGGUUGAAGUUAUUACAUCCAAUGGUUAACGAAGAAGAAACACCUUUACCAAGAUCCUGGAGUCCCAAGGAUAAAUAUAACUACAUAGGACUGUCGCAGAAUAAUCUGAGGGUUCACUAUAAAGGUCAUGGUAAAACUCACAAAGAUGCCGCCAGUGUCCGAGCCACACAUCCCAUCCCAGCUGCCUGUGGUCUUUAUUAUUUUGAAGUGAAGAUAGUCAGUAAGGGGAGAGAUGGCUACAUGGGUAUUGGACUCAGUGCUCAAGGAGUCAAUAUGAAUAGGCUUCCUGGUUGGGACAAACACUCAUAUGGCUACCAUGGUGAUGACGGCCAUUCAUUUUGUUCUUCCGGAACAGGCCAGCCAUAUGGGCCAACAUUCACAACAGGCGAUGUUAUAGGCUGUGGAGUUAAUCUUAUUGACAAUACUUGUUUCUAUACAAAAAAUGGACAUAAUCUGGGGAUAGCAUUUACAGAUUUACCACCAAACCUGUAUCCAACGGUUGGGCUUCAGACACCAGGAGAAGUAGUGGAUGCCAACUUUGGACAAGCACCAUUUGUAUUUGACAUAGAAGACAUGAUGCUUGAACUGAGAGCUCGGACUCAACUUACUAUAAAUCAGUACCCAGUGCCCGACUACAAAGGCGAGUGGCAAGCCACAUUACAUAAGAUGGUAUCUACUUAUCUUGUUCAUCAUGGGUAUUGUGCCACAGCAGAAUCCUUUGCCCAUGGUACUGGACAGGUCUUUGAUGAAGAAAUAACAUCAAUAAAAAAUAGGCAAAGAAUCCUGAAAUUAGUUUUAGCUGGUCGAAUGGGUGAAGCCAUUGAGAAAACAAGCAGUCUAUAUCCAGGAUUAUUAGAGCACAAUCAAAAUUUGCUCUUUCUGCUCAAGUGCCGUCAAUUUGUAGAAAUGGUAAAUGGAUCAGACUCUGAGGUUUGUCCUCCCCGUUGUCCCAGGGGUCAAUGUAUCUUCUCUCCUCUACAUCCAUCAUCCUCAAAUACACCACCUCACCCUACUAGCCCCAUUCCGACCUCAGUAAUACAGUCUACUAAGAGUUACGGUAAUAAUCGGAGCCGAGGACACUCCUCCACCGUCGAGGAGAACAACCUGAACAAUGUGGCUAUGAAUGGGAACAGUGGAGGGACAGGCGAACAGCCUGUGGGGGGAUCAGCUGUCAUCCGACUUCCACCAGGAAUAGGGGAAGAAAGUGAUGUGGAAAUGGAGCCACAAGAUGAAAGGAAUGGACAUUCAUUAGUAAAUAAAGCUGUAUCUCCUGCCACUAAUGGAUAUCAAAAUGGAAGUAGCCAUCAGCAAGAUAAAGAGGAGCUUGAUGAUGUAGAAGAUAUGGAAGUGGAUCCCCCAUCAGCGCGCCGUCAGUUAUGUGGUGGCAGUAAGCCGGCUGUGGAGCGGAUGUUGGAGUUUGGUCGUGAACUGUACAACAUGAGCCUACAUCUCAGGCAAGAGCAGGGAAAGAGUGAAAACAACAAAAAAAUGCUUCAGGAUGCCUUUAGCCUACUAGCAUACUCAAACCCUUGGAGCAGCCCUGUUGGUUGGCAGCUGGAUCCUGUUCAGAGGGAGACUGUGUGUGCUGUUCUCAAUUCUGCCAUUCUAGAAUCUAGCAACUUGCCACGCCGGCCACCACUGGAGGUGGCCUUGGCUCAUGCUCAGGAGCUUGUGAGGUUGAUGUCACGAUCAGGACUGGGCUCAUGUGCCUUUGCCAGUGUUGAUGACCUCCUGCAGCACUGACUGGCAUGCGGAGAGAAGGGCUUGUAUCAGCACUCUUGCUUUCCUUUGAAUCUUAUUACAUCAACAAAAGAUCUCGUUAUUUAUUGCCUCAGACAAGAGCUCAGUGUCCAAAUGAAGAGUGGAUCUGCACAUAGCAUUGGUGAUAGGAGUACACACAGAUGGAAGCAUAUUGUUACGAUAUUUGUACAGGACUCUGCCUUGCACAGGCUCUGAGGUAUUGAGUUACAUACCGUUUGUUCUGAAAGUGUGAGAUUUUUAAUUAUAAUCAGUCCAGUGCAUUGCUAUGUAGAGUUUGUUAGGAAGUGAGAUACCCUUAUUCAGUGUGUGAUAAUAUUGCUGAGUAGAGACCAGGAACAGUAACAUGGGUGAGUCUAAAAUUAACAAAGUGUGUGAAACUCCCAGAUAUAAUUAUGGGUGUUAUCUAGAUAAUUGUGUGGCUAUGAAUGAUCUGUUUAGAACAUUUGUAUUGUGUAUGUACUUUAUUGUAAACUUACUACUGGGCUCUGAGCCCUCCUGUUUCAUUGAAAGUUUAGGUGUCCAAUUCUACCUUAGGUGGUAUUUUACUUGCAUCAGUAGGUUGCAAAGAAAGAGGCAUUGUUUUACCGCAGUGGUUGCAGAAGGUGGAAAGGAUUUUAUUUUCGAGCAGUGCUGUGUUCUGUACUACCAUUUCUUAACAGUGGCAUAGAAGUUUCCUUUGUUUGUGUUAAUUUAAGUAAACAGCUGUUAUAUGUUUGAUACAAAGGAAUAAAAUUAGCAUUUUAGCUCUUUGAGACUUUUAUUAAUAAUAAACACAUUUUAUUA